GUGGCUCUGGAUGCAGGAGGACCCCGGCGCCCUCCCGCCGCACGGCGGCGCUGUCCCCGCCCACCGCUCCUUCCCCUCGCCACGUGACGCUGCUGUGUGACGUCAUACGGCGCGACUCCCUCUCCCUCCGUUCUCGUUUCGGUCGCGUUUGGGCCGAGCGCGCCCCGGGGAUGGAACCGGAACCGGAAUCAGAACCGGAAGCGGCGGCCUCCGGGGCUGUCGCAGCGGUGCGCGUGUUCCUGCCCGAUGGCUCCGUGGUGCCGCUGGCGCUGCCGCCCCCGGUGCUGGGGCUGACGGCGGCCGUGCUGCUGCGGUGCCUGUGGGACACGGCCGGGCUGGGCCCCGAGGGCUGCGCCGCCAUGGCCCUGUGGCUGGUGUCGGGGCUGCUGGCACGUGCUGCUGACGCUGUCCUACCCCGAGCUGAGCUGGGAGCUGGUGGGCGCCGUGGGGCAGGACGGGGACGCGGCCGAGGGGCUGGGGGGCACGGACGCGGCGGAGCCCCCCCAGCUGUGGUUGGAGUUCGACGGAGAGCACGAGGGUGCCCGCGUGAACCGGCUGCUGCGGGUGCUGUCCCCACAGGCGGAGCUGAUGAGCGCCCUCAUCGACGAAUAG